AUGUUCUCCAAGAGGAAACCGUCCAGCGCAGAGAAAAUUCGUCAUCGCGUCCCAACCCCACACACCUCCCGCAUCUCCAAAUCUACUACUCAGAUAUCCAAGGACCUUUCGACCAACCCUACCAAUGACUUAUCUCAUCCUUCUGCUAUCUCUUUGACGACUCAGCGCUCUUCUCGGUCCAAGCACUCUUCAACCAUGCGUAAGAAAAACAAAAAGCAACGCUCUCAGAAGCCUCUUGCAAACCUCAAUAGUUCGAACCCAAAGGAACCGUGGCUUGACCUUUCCUUCUUGAACCGACAGUGUACGCAGGAAGACUAUCUCUGCAAUUACUGGCGCUACACGGUGGCUGACGGGCAAGGCAUGUGCCUCGAUUACUUUUUGAAUGUGAUCGAUGCGCACGAGUGCGAACUAUGGCAAGGUUUUUCCGAUGACUACGUGCCUUCCUGGGCGAAAUUCCUAGAAGUUCGUCAGCGCUGGGAAGGCAACGAUGAGCGGAAGUGGCAGUCGGGCGGCUGGGUUCGCGGGAAGAAUGGAAUAGAAUGGGGCCCAGGUCAUGUUAUGUUGGGGGUACCUAACAACGAUUGGAUAGGCGGCAGUCACGAAGACCUGGACGAUUGCUCCAAUGCGAGCUCAAGGAAGUGGAUGGAUGAUGAAGUUUUCGUUCCUAUCGAGGACCAUGAAGAUUACGGCGUUAGUGGCGAGUUAUCCCCGGAGCGAGGAAGGCAGUUAUAUCGUGAGCAAGACUCCAAGCCACGUCAGGAAGUCGAGAGGACCGGCGAGCCUCGUCCCAUCGUCCCCCACGUUACUUCGGCAAGUUUCAUUUUGGAUAUCCCAUUAGCCCAUACCAUUACCCCAAAUGACGCCCGUAUUAUCCCACCCGCUCCCUCUUCCCACACUCCACCAGAUCUCCAAUCACCUCUUGGGAAACAUGACUCAGCUGCCUCGAAGGCAUCCAGAGUAUCAUAUGCUCCUCUAGUAACACCCGUCCGCACCCGCCAAUUCUCUCAUCGCCCUCGGCGUGUCUUGACACCUGCCCCUACCCCAGUUCCAAGCGAGCAUGCUGACGAUGAAGUCACUCAGAAUCAUGGGGAAAUUGAGAAGCUGCUUGGAUUUCUUAAGAUGAAUGUAGAGCAAAAGGUAGCCGAGAUUCAUCGCUUGGUCAGAUCUAUGAGGCGAUGA